AUGGCUUCAGGUUAUGACAGAGCUCUUUCUGGUUAUCCCGAUGGACAUGUCUUUCAGGUCGAGUAUGCUCUGGAAGCGGUAAAGAGAGGAACAUGUGCCGUAGGAGUUAAGGGCAAAGACAUUGUGGUAUUAGGUUGCGAGAAGCGCUCUGCAAUGAAACUACAAGAUACCCGCAUCACUCCCUCGAAGAUUGGACUGGUAGACACACAUGUCUGUCUCGCUUUCGCAGGUCUCAACGCCGACGCUAGAAUCCUCAUCGACAAGGCGAGAUUAGAAGCUCAAUCUCAUCGCCUCACUGUGGAGGAUCCUGUUACGAUAGAAUACAUUACGAAGUAUGUUGCAGGGGUUCAGCAGAGAUAUACGCAGAGUGGUGGUGUCAGACCGUUUGGUAUCAGUACCUUGAUAGUUGGGUUUGAUCCCAACGACAAGACUCCGAGAUUAUACCAGACUGAGCCGUCCGGAAUUUACUCUGCAUGGAAGGCGAACGCCAUCGGCAGAUCAAGCAAGACUGUCCGCGAAUUCCUUGAGCGAAACCACAAGGAUGAUAUGGACCGAGAGGCUACUCUCAAGUUGACCAUCAAGUCAUUACUGGAAGUUGUGCAGACCGGAGCAAAGAACAUUGAGAUCGCGAUCAUGGCACCAGGAAAGCCGCUCGAGAUGCUGCCAGUGGAGGAUAUCGAGGCAUAUGUGAAGAACAUUGAGCAGGAGAAGGUUGAGGAGGCUGCUAAGAAGAAGACUGGUCGGACGCCCGGUACUGGAAAUGCGGCAAUUUUGACGAGAGGAUCUGAUAGUACUGCGUAGAGUCGUUUCGUUGAUUCUUUGCAUUCUCCAUGGGUCCUGUGUAUUAUAGCAAUGAGCGAUGAAAAUGUCCUGUCCUGUGUUCAAUUCAUCGCCAUAGCGAGGUAGGUAUCUUCUGCUGAGUAAAGAACCGUCGAGCGGACUUUCGCUCCGGUGCCUAGCCAGUCAUUCCAUGGGUUUCAGUAUAUCCAGGUCGUAAUUGCAUAACUCAUUAAGCAUCCCAGUGAUGUCGCUAAAUCAAAUCCCCUCCUUUGCCUCCUGAUUUCUAUAUCCCAUACAACGACCCCACCUCAGCCCAGCUUAUUCGGCGCCUCUUUCACGUCGAAUAUACUUCUCUGCUCCUCCCCCCUAAUGCGAUCAUCCUUCAACAUCCUGCUAUCAAUCCUUGCGUCUUCGCCUUCAAAUUUCAAUAUUGG